UUCGCAAGUGCGGUGAAACUCGUGCUCACGGUUGAGUUGCCGCGCUUGGAUAUGAGUGGCCAGCAGCAACUGAUGGUGGUGGGUGGUAAUCUUCACAUGGAUCUGCUGCCCAAGGGCUCACCUGUGAUCCUGAGCCAGCGGUCACUCUUUGGACGGCUGCCAGGUGCCCAAGCGCCUGACGCAGCACACUGGAGUGCCAAGCGGGCACAGGAGGACCCAGACUUUCCCGACCUCAAGCGGCGGUGCAAGGGUGGCGGGGACAAGGGCAGCAAGGGCCUUCGGCACUUUUCUAUGAAGGUGUGCGAGAAGGUGCAGCGCAAGGGAACGACCUCAUACAAUGAGGUUGCCGACGAGCUGGUGGCCGAGUUUGCAGCACCUGAGGUGGCAGGGCUCUCGUCACGUGGUGGCACGGCUGACCAGGCGUACGACCAGAAGAAUAUUCGGCGUCGAGUAUACGAUGCGCUCAAUGUGCUUAUGGCUAUGAACAUAAUCUCCAAGGAAAAGAAGGAGAUUCGCUGGCUUGGACUGCCCACCAACUCGGCCCAGGAGUGCCAGCGGCUCGAACAGGAAAAGCAGCGACGUCUUGAGGUGAUUGCUGCUAAGCGGCAGCAACUGUACGACUUAAUGCUGCAGCAGAUUGCCUACAAAAACCUUGUGGAGCGCAACAAGGCUCUUGAGCGCAACCGGCAGGCUCCUGCACCUGCUUCCACCAUACCUCUGCCGUUCAUCAUCAUCAACACCAACAAGCAGACCGUCAUUGACUGCAGCAUCUCCAAUGACAAGUCGGAGUACCUGUUCCAUUUUGAUGACACAUUUGAGAUCCAUGAUGACAUUGAGGUGCUGAAGCGCAUGGGGCUAGCCCUGGGUCUGGACAAGGGCACCUGCUCCCCAGAGGACCUGGAACGUGCCCGCCGCAUGGUGCCUCGCAGCCUAGAACCCUACGUGCGCAAGAUGGCUCAAGCUGGUGCAGAGGUGGUUCCUGUGGCAAGCGAGGUCCAGCGUGAUUCAUCACGGCAUUCGAGUGUGGCAUCGCUGUCGGAUGGACAACCUGGUUCCUCAGAGGAUGAAGAUGAUUUCUCAGAUUCGGACUGAAAACCUGUGAUUGGGGUUGUGGCCAAUGCCUUGCUGGGUUUGUUAGAUUCACAUGUGUGUGUAUUUCCUUUUCAAACCUGGCCGACUCAAUGCCUUUUAAGGUUAGGUGAAUGCUGUACCUUUGCCUUACUUACAUGUGUGGUUGUAGCGGGGAUGUAAUAUACUUGAUCACUACAACCUGGGCAGAAUAAAGAUAGUUGGCUAAAA